AUUGAUCUCUCCAUAUUUAUAUUCAAUCUUCUUCGUUCAUAUCCGACCUUCGGAAACCGCAGAAUUACAUCCACCCUCGUACUGGCCGAACUGAAACCACAAUGCUCGACUACAACAAGCACACUGUCGCGCAACUGCGGCAGCUACUGAAGGACCGAGGCAUACCGAGCACAGGUCUCACGAGGAAGGCUCAGAUCAUUGAGAAGCUUGAAGAAGCAGAUGGUGCUGGCAUCGACGCUCCUGAAGCAAGCAAAGCGACCGAGGAUGUUGCCGAGCAGGAGUCUGAGCAGGCUGUAGAACAAGGCGCACAGCCAGGAGCUUUACAUGGGCCACCACUCCAGGAGAAUGGGAGCAUGUUUCGCGAAUCCAUCGAAGCUCACAGGGGUGCUGAGCCACGCUCAGAACCCAAGCAAAUUGCAACCGAAACACAGGCAGAAGCAGAGCACACACCCGUUCCUGCGCCAACGGCCGAUCGCUCACCUGAGACCGUUUCACACAUCGGCAGUGAUGUACCUCUGCCGAACGACACGAAAAUAUUUGAACAACCUGCCGAAGACACUACAGCGGAGGAAGAAAUAGGAGGCCCACAACCCACAGAAGUCUUCAGUGCUGCACCCACGACACUCGAAGACGACCAAGUCGGACCGCACAUCACCGAGCCUACAGACGAAGAGGUUGAAGUGAAAGCAAAGGGCAAGAAGGCAGAUAUCGCACAAGACGAGCUCCAUGAAGCCCCAGGGCCAGCUGCUGAAGCUUUGAGGCUAGCACGGCCGGAGCAAGAGAGGUUGAGAGAUACACAAGAUACAGCCAUGGACAUCGAGACACCCUCACCAGCACCGAACGAGCGGGAUACUGUCGAAAAACCAGAGUUGCUGCCGAUACCUGAGAGAUCGACGGCAGAGACAUCAAGGCUCAACACUGAGGAGCUCGAGGCAGAUACCAGGAAAAGGAAACGGAGAAGUAACUCCCCAGACCUCACAACGAAGGAGAUGCUUGUGAAGAAGCCAAGACCAAGUCAAGAGCCGGUCUCAGACGUUCAUCUGAAGGAGGGCGACGAUGUUGUCAUGGAACAGCGGAGACCAGAUGAUUCACCCUCAGACUCCAAGCGGGAAAGGAAGGAGAACCUGAGCCGAUACAAAGAUCUUGUGCAACCCAGCUCAAACCAGCCGGCAGAUGCCUUGGAUGACGAUCGACCUACUGUCCCAGCUAUUCAUACUGUAACGUCUGCGCUCUACAUCCGCAACUUCAUGCGCCCGCUCCGUCCCGAACCGCUACGUACACAUCUCGUAUCACUCGCUUCGCCACCAUCGUCCUCACCAGGUACCUCGAUCGUAUCCGCACUGUUCCUGGACAACAUGAAAACCCACGCGCUCGCCCUCUUCACAUCUACAACCGCUGCAAGUCGGGUACGCGCCAGUCUACACGGAUCAAUCUGGCCGCCUGAGGGGAACAGGAAGGAGCUCUGGGUAGACUUCGUCCCCGACGACCGGGUAGAAGAAUGGAUACAUAUCGAGGAGGAUGCGCUGGCCGCUGAAAAGGAAGCGCGUGCAUCCGGCCGCCCCAUCGCCACGAAACGGUUCGAAGUCGUUUACAACGAAGGCAAAGACGGUAUUGAGGCUGUACACCAAGAAGUCGGCUCCAGCGCGCCCAUCAACGCGCCACGAGGUCCUCGAGGAAGCUUGGAUGACCGCCGACCGUCGGACAUACCUGCGCCACUGCCAAUAGCCCCGACAGAGGAACUGAAGAAAGAAACGUCUGCAUCCUUCAAGACACUGGACGAGCUUUUUGACUCCACGAAAGCGAAACCGCAACUUUACUACCUCCCUGUCAGCGACUCGAUAUCAGAAAUUAGACUGAAGAAGUUCCAGCUGGAGACAAGUAGAGAUUGGAAUCCGGAAGCGGUCAGGAAGGGAAGAGGCAUGCAGAAAGAACCGAAGUAUAGGUAUACAUUUGAUGAUGACGAUAGGAUUGUCGAGGCUGGUGAGGAUCGAGGACCUUGGGCGGAAGAUCUGAGGGGUGGAAGAGGAGUGUUCAGAGGGAGAGGCGGGUUCAGAGGAGGACGAGGCGGUGGGAACUGGAGAGGUUGAACGAGGCACGAGACCAAAAACAAUGGAGAUGGGUUCAAGAGCUUGGGUCGCUUUGGUUCACUUGGGUUACUGGCUUGCUGACGCACUGAUCACGACACAUUGCAACGGCCCGUCCGCCGCCGUUCUCACGGCCCUUCAAUACUAUACGAACGAACUGUCUGUACCGACGACAGGUAUGGUGCUGAACUCCAGUUCCAGCCCCAAACAUCUCCGCCACUCCGAACGAGAGCGAAUGCUGAAACAAAUACGUGGCGGCGAAGACACCACACUUGCAUCGCGCCCCCUGCCUUCUCGGCUUCACAACUACAUUUCGC